GUUUGAUCCCGAGAAAGAAAAUCCACUGUCAAACUCCACGGCGUUGGAUAUCAAGUUGAGCGAUGACAAUGUAAAUAAGGAGGAAAAUAAAGCCCCGACUGAAGCGGCCGAAACAACGAACAACGUUAGAAUUUAUCCUCCCAAUAAAAGUCGUAAUUAAUGAAAAGAAAAAAUACCAUCAAUUCUGCUUCUCUUGAUUAAUAACGGGAAAAUUUGUGACAGAGCAACAGAAAUUCGUGCAACUAUUGAAAAUUUGAAAAUUGAGCGUAUCGACGUUGUAAUUAUGAUUUUGAAAAAUAAUAUUUUUGUCCAAGCAGCAUAUUGCGACGAUGAGUGACGAGCCCGGAGCAUCAAAAAUUACUGGGAAACGCGAUCAGAGCCUCGUUCAAGACGAGCAUUGUGAUCGCGUACAAUGUAAAGCACCGGAACGAGAUAACGAGGAGAAGAAAGAGACCGUAAGCGUCACGUACAACGAAAUGAUAUCGAGAGGUCCCACACCAUGCGCCGAACAAUAUUCAAUCGCAGACUUCUUCGCCGAGAGUGGAUAUUUCGAAGCAACGAAAGACGGGACGCUUGAGGAAACGAGAGAGAACGAAGAUCCUCGAAGAACAACUUUGGCAGACUUGAGUACGAAGGAAAUGGUGAAGUUUUUAAAUUCUUCAAGAGCACAGCACAUUGAAAUAAUAAAGAAGGAAAUUGAAAGACUUUACGGACUGGAAAGAUUUAUGGAAAAUUUUCCCAUGGAUGGAUUCGAUGCUUUUCUUAGCAAAGAUCUGGCAAAACGUAUGGAAGAUUUAGAAAAUCAAAUGGUGGCAAAAAAAACUAACAAAUCUGCGAAAGAAAAUUGAUGGAAAAUUUAUAUUUUACAAAUUAGUAAACCCUACGAACAUUGAAAAUAAAGUUACAAAAAAAGUAAAUUUAAUA